UACAUAUGAGAGGACACACGGGGGAGAACCCCUACAAGUGUGAGCAGUGCGACUAUUCCUCUGCACGGAAGAAUCAUCUAAGGAAACAUGUAGUUGAGAAACAUGCAGGUGAGAAACCCUACAAAUGUGACCAGUGCGAAUUUUCUUCUGUGUGGAAAAAGAGUUUAGACCUACACAUGGCACGACACACUGGUGAGAAGCCCUUCAUGUGUGGAGAGUGCAAGUAUCGGACGGCUGCUAGGUCUGACCUAGCCAAACAUAUGAGAAAACAUACCGGUGAGAAACCUCACAAAUGUGACAAGUGCGACUAUGCCUCUGCGUCGAAGGAUGAUCUAAGGAAACACAUGUUCAAACAUACUGGUGAUAAACUAGAUGGUUUCCAGCCAGUCUUGGGAGAAAACCACACCACCACUAGAGUGGGUACAGAGACAGAUGCUAGCCUGGAUACAGUAACAGUUGGAAGUCGGGCAGUUAAUGGUGCCUUCCCUGUAGAUGCGGGUUCUGUACACAAGACAACAGAGAAGUCAUACAAUUGUGACGAGUGCGACUUUUCUUCGCCUUUUAGAAGAAAUUUGAGCAUACACAGGGCUAGACACACCAAACCCUACAUGUGUGGAGAGUGUGAGUACAGGACCGCUUACAGAUCUGCCCUAUCCCUACACAUGAGAAAUCACACGGGUGAGAGACCUUACAAAUGUGGACACUGUAAUAUUUCGUUUAAGCAGAAAAAGAGCUUAGACCGACAUUUGGCUACGCAUACCGGUGAGAGACCUUACACGUGUAAUAAGUGCGAAUACAAGACGGCUGACAAGUCUGGCCUAUCCCAACAUAUGAAGCAACACACCGGUGAGAAACCCUAUAAAUGUGACCAGUGUGACUAUUCUGCCCUGCAAAAAUGCCUCUUAGAUCAGCAUAUGGCAAAACACACCGGUGAGAAACCCUACUUGUGUGAGAAGUGCGGGUUUAGGACGGCGAACAGCUUCUGCCUCUCCAAUCACAUGACCACACACACCGGUGAGAGACCCUACAAAUGUGACCAGUGCGAUUUCGCUGCGGGACAGAAACCCACUUUACAGCGGCAUAAGCUCAGACACACUGGCGAGAAACGCUACAAGUGUGGGGAGUGCGAGUACAGGACGAUCACCAGAUCCAACCUUUCUGUGCAUAUGAGACAGCAUACAGGUGAGAAACCCUACAAAUGUGAGCAUUGCGACUAUUCUGCUGCACAGAAAGGCCUAUUAAACCAACACAUGGCCAAACACACCGGUGAGAGACCCUACGUGUACAGGGAGUGCAGGUUCAUGUGUGAGAAAUGCGGAUACAUGGCUGCUAAGAUGUCUGACUUAUCGAGACACAUGAGAAAACAUACAGGUGAAAGGCCCUACAAAUGCGACCAGUGCGACUAUUCUGCUGCCCAGAAAGACACCUUAAACCGACACAUGUCAACACACACUGUUGAAAAAAACAACAUUUACAAGUGUGAAGAGUGUGACUAUCGGACGGAUGGCAGGUACAAGCUGUCAGCACAUGUCAGGAAACACACAGGUGAGAAACCCUACAAAUGUGACUUGUGCGACUAUUCUGCUGCACUGAGAAAGGCUUUAAACCGACAUAUUUUAACACAUACAGGUGAAAAAAACCGCAAGUAUAAGUGUGAGGAGUGUGAUUUCAGGACGGAUGGCAAGUCUAAGCUGACAGAACAUGUGAGAAAACACACCGGUGAGAAACCCUACAAAUGUGACAUUUGCAACUAUUCUGCUGCAUGGAAACUAAGUUUAGCUGCACACCUAAGGAAACAUACCGGUGAGAAGCCCUACAAAUGUGACUUAUGCGACUAUUCUGCUGCAGUGAAAAGACGUUUAGAUCAGCACAUGACCAAGCACACUGGCACGAGUCCCUACGUGUGUGAGGAAUGUGGUUACGGGACAGUUAGCAAGUCGCACUUAACCAUACACCUAAGAAAACAUACCGGCGAGAAACCCUACAAAUGUGACAUGUGUGACUAUUCAGCUGCACAUGCAAACAGUCUAAAACUGCACAAGAAGAAACACACAAGUUAGACACCAUGUGUGGCCAGUGUGGGGAGUAUAUGUCGGUAGAUUAAACUAAUAUCGGAAAACAUGUGUACUAAUGAAUAGUAGUAAUAAAAUUCCAAGGUCAAAGUAGAAGCUGUGAGGACAAAAAUUAAACCAUGAUGAAAACGUACUAUACCAUGCUUUGUGAGUUCAGUCAUUAGUUUAGCCUUCCUGACCACUUAGACUUCAUAAUGAUGGCAACGUUUGUUUGAAAAAAAAAUCAUUCGCACGCUAGUACCGGUUUUGGGGUUCCCAGAGGAUGUCAUCCAUAUAAUCAAGUUAACAUGGCCUUUGGUAAAGUUAAGCUCUGCAUAAAGUAGCUUACCAACACAGAUGAACGUCCGUGCUAUAAUUGGUGUGCUAUAAAAUUACUCCUCUUGAAAAAAAAAAGAUUUC